GACCUUUCAACCAUAAAACCUAGUCAGCUCUUUUGCCGACUUUUCUCUCUCACCGCUAUAAGCUUUGCCUUAUCUUUUUUUUUUUUUUUUUUUUCUGUUUUUUAUUUGGUUUUUUCACCUAAUACAACAACAUACUUUUUCUGUUUUCUCAAACCAUUUUGGGGAAUUAGUUUGUUACUAAUUAGUAUUAGAGGUUAAAUGAUGUAAUUAUCUGCAACUAUAUGGGUUUAGUGUUAGUUGGUUUAAAGUGAAAAGCUUUCAUAAUCAUGGUUCAUGAUUGAAGAAUGUGAUAUUCAGGGAAAAAUAAUAAUAAUAAUAAUAAAUAUUUUUUGUUGGGUGUUUUUUUUUAAGCUGUAUCUGAACUGGGGUUACAUUAUAUUUUAGAUUUAAAGUUGUAAAAUUUUGUAUAUUGCAAAGUAGAUAAGUGCUUGUGAGUUUUUCUCUUCUUUUUUUCUUUUUUUGUGCAAGUUCAAGACCAAGUUCAUGGGGGGGUUGUCCUUUGUUCAGAGAAGAUUGGUACCAUUCAGAAACUCUCAUCAGCUUUUCUUUCACUUUCUUGGGAUUCUUUUACAGCCCAAUUAGGCUUUAAUGGUUUUGAGCAACUAGUAGUGUAAAAGUAAAGCAUAUUCUAUUUUUUGUUUCUUUUGUUUGAUUUGAAGUUCGAAACUAUAGAAUCUCUUGCUUAUUUUAUGUUGGUUCUUCUUUUGAGUUAAAACCAGUUUAUAUUUAGUUUUCUAAUGUUAUUUUUAGGCAAAAGAUGAAGUCUUUGAGUAGUGUAGGAAUAGGUUUAAGUGUAGUGUUUAGUUGCCUUUUCUUAGCUCUAAUGGCUGAGCUUUACUACUUGUUCUGGUGGAAGAAGAGAUUCACAAAUAGAGAGAUGGAAAAUGAUUACAGUAGUAGCCCAGCAAAAGAGCUUUUCUACAUGUUUUGCUGGAGAAAACACUCAGCUUUUGGCCACUCAGCUCUUAACCCUCAACAACUCUGCUCUUCAACAAGAAUUUCAACCAAUAACCUUAUCCCAGAAUCAAAUUCUCAGCUUCAUAUGAACUCAAACAAUGAUUUUCUAUUUAAACCCUUUGGAGAGGAGGGAAUGGAAGGUGAGUUUAUGAGGCUGCAAAACCCUUCAGGCCAUCCAAGAUUUCUCUUCACAAUCAUAGAAGAGACCAAAGAAGACUUAGAAUCUGAUGAUGGGAGAUCUAAUAAGAGCCGAAAAGGGUCAAGAAAUAGAAGCUUAAGUGAUUUGAUUGUCACAGUUGAGACUCCAUAUUUGACCCCUUUAGCUUCACCCCCAUUUGUCACUCCUCCUCUUACUCCCGGUGGCUCUUAUAGCCAAAAUGGCUUCAACUUCCACUUUGAGUCAACAACAGAUGCUGAGUUCAACAGAUUAAGGUCUUCACCUCCUCCCAAGUUCAAGUUCUUACAGGAAGCAGAGAAGAAACUCGAGAAGAGAUUAAUGGAAGAAGAGGAGACUGAUGAUAAAGGUGAUCAGAACACUGAAGGGCCUAAUAAUGGUGAUAGAUGGCACAAAGGUAGUACCAUUUCAAGCUUCCUUAAAGAAGAUGAUGAUGAUGAUGAUGAUGAUGAUGAUGAUCAAGAUGAGUCUUUUAUAGAAAUCACUGUUGACAAGAGCAUACCAAGGGAGGUCAUUCACCAUUCAAGCUCAUCUUCUCAGGUUUCAUUUUUAUUAGACUUCUUUUUCCAUUUUAAGGCUCUGGGUUUGUUAUGCUUUGGUAGAGGCCUAGAGGGCAUCAUCAUCAUCAUCAUCAUCAUCAGUUCUCAGUUAUUCCAAGUUUAAGCCUGAAAAAAUGUGUGAUAAUGAAUGUUGUGUUUUCAAAAUGGGUUGGAGAAUGGAAUGGGGACAAUAUGAUGUGUUACACAGAUGGGGUCAGAGGCACAAGUGGGGGUGGGGAGAGAGUAGUGAGGCUAAUUUGUUUUAUUCAAUCUUCAUGUCUUACUGAACUGUCCAAUACCUGUAAUCAUUCCUGUGAGGGAAUAGUGCUGCUACUGCUGCAGAACGCAGAUGUUUCUUUGUCCUAAUGGCACUAUGAGUUGUAAAGUUGUGUCUUCUCUCUUUAAAUAUACUUAAAACAUAUAAAUUUACCCAAA